GGCUCUGCUCUUUGUCCUCCCAGGCUGGGCCGGGGUGCAAUGGCAGCCUCCUCCUCGUCCUCCUCGGCCGGUGGAGUCAGUGGCAGUUCCGUGACAGGGUCGGGGUUCAGCGUUUCGGACCUGGCGCCGCCCCGGAAAGCUCUCUUCACUUAUCCCAAAGGAGCCGGGGAGAUGCUGGAAGAUGGCUCUGAGAGGUUCCUCUGCGAGUCUGUGUUCAGCUUUCAGGUUGCAUCGACGUUAAAGCAAGUGAAGCAUGAUCAACAAGUCGCAAGGAUGGAAAAACUUGCCGGUCUGGUGGAAGAGCUGGAGGCAGAUGAGUGGAGGUACAAGCCAAUAGAGCAGCUCCUGGGAUUCACUCCCUCCUCAGGCUGAGCGUGUCUGGAUCGCUGCUGUCAGGGAGCAGAAGAAAAACAUUCCCUGGCCUGGCUUCAAAACGCCCCCCAUUUAUCAGAUGCUGACAGCUUCAUCGGCCAGGAUGGGGCUUUGGGUUUUUUUGAGAGUGGGGAUCCCCCGUAAAGCUGCCAAUAAAUGGAAAUGAGGGGAUUCUGUAGGUCCUUACAGGCUGGCAGGGCUUGGUUUCUGUAACUUAGAAGGCAGGAUCAGCUGUACAGCCCUUGGAGAAUCUCGUAUUGUUUACAGAGGAGGGCACACGGACAGUGUGGCUGCGGGUAGGGCGACCCUGUAACUCGGCCCAGGUUCCCGCUGGAGCGCAGCCGGAGCGCUGGGUGAGCGGGGAAACCCUCUGGAGCAAACUCCAGAAGCACUCCUCAGCCCCAGCUGUCAUUCUGGGGGAUGGACACAAACUAUCCUGGGGUCAGGUGAGGGGCCAAGCGGUGUCACCUCCUCCAGCAGUGCCUCGGCCAUUGCCCAAGCCAUUCCCUUUUCAUCACCCUUUCUCUGAUAGCACUGGUGGGACACUGCUCUGUCUUUAAUACCCUGAAACUUUGUUCUCUUUGUUCUGUGUUAGAUUUCUGACAAUAAAAUAAUUCUUUCUCUGAAA